UACAACCUGAAGGCGUAGAAGGCAUCUCAGAAAUAUUUUGAGUUUACAAUCAUUGGCACUUCUCGAAACCAAUAAUAAAAAUGAACGGGUUGACAGUCUUAUUGGUAGCAUCCUUCUGUAUCUCUGGUAGUUUCUGUCAAGUGAUGGUUUCCGGAACUUGGGCCCUUGAAAGCCUGCCAGCUCAGACUGUAGCCGUUCCGACCUACGCUUAUCCCAACAGUUCACCAAAUCAACAGUUUACUGUAGAUCCAUCGUCCAACUCACUACAGAACGUUGUUUACUACUUCCCGCAAGCAUCACCAUUUGCCACUGCUCAGAAUCCGUCUUCACCGUCGUCUCUCAGCUACACCCAAUAUCUUCAACCACCUUAUGGUGCUGCACCAUCGCCACAAAAAUUGAUUUUCAUACCACCCACCUCACCUGGACUCAACCGCUUUUACCCUACUUAUCCCUCCGGUGCUGCACCUCUGACUCCAUGUCAGUUGAUGAAGCAAUUCAACGAAGCCCAGAACCAAGUUGGUUAAACAUAAGAGCAACUUUCUACUCAUAACAUUAAUGUCCUGAUGUCAUAUUCAAACCCGUUUUCAACCACUAGCAGCAACAAAUACUUUACUCAAUCAAGAAAAUCACAACUCCAACCCUUCUUAGUCGAAAUCAUUAGAAGCAAUAUAAUGAUAACGGAUGACAUUGUUAUGAGAAGAAAAGUUGAAGAUACUUCUAUUGUAGAUGUAGUUUUAGGAGUAGAUGUCUUAUAAAAUACGUAUCCAUAAAAUGUAAUAAAAAUAA